AUGCAAUCCGAAGUGUCGGCCGACAAGAAGGGGGCGAGCAGGGAGCAGCCCGUCGUCUUUGGCGAAUUGACGGAGAAGAAUGUGGGGCAACUUCGAUUGCUCAAUACGGUUGUCUUUCCGGUAAACUACAACGACACCUUCUACCGGGACCUGCUCAACGAUCCCACCCUCACUCGACUCGCUCUCUUCAAUGAUGUCCUGGUGGGUGGCGUAUGCUGCCGAGUGGAGAACAAGCAGUCCGGGUCGGGCAAGCGACUCUACAUCAUGACCCUCGGCGUGUUGGCUCCCUACAGGCAGAUGCAAAUAGGCAGCAAGCUGCUCGAAUUUGCCAUUGAGACAGCGAAGAAGAGGGACGUGGACGAUAUCUACUUGCACGUGCAGACGAGUAACGAGGAGGCGAUCAGCUUCUACAAGAAAUUUGGCUUCGAAAUCGUGGAGACCAUCAAGGAUUACUACAAGAGGAUCGAGCCCCGAGACUGCUACAUCGUUCAAAAGCUCAUAAAGUAA